CUCCAUUUGAAUCUUUGAAUCCAUUCUGUGCCCCUUUCCCCUUCCUUAUCUCCUGCACAUUGUCUUCCUCUUCCGCUGACUCACAAUUCACUCACAUUUCUCUGCCUCUGAGUUACUCAACCACCCAUUUACCCACAGCCAUGGCCUUCGCAGGAACCACCCAGAAGUGCAUGGCUUGCGACAAGACUGUCUAUUUGGUCGACAAGCUCACUGCCGACAAUCGCGUCUUCCACAAAGCUUGCUUCCGCUGCCACCACUGCAAAGGAACCCUCAAGUUGAGCAAUUACAAUUCGUUUGAAGGGGUUCUGUAUUGCCGCCCACACUUCGAUCAGCUCUUUAAAAGAACAGGAAGCUUAGCCAAAAGCUUCGAAGGAACACCGAAGAUUGGGAAGAAGCCAGCUGAUUCUGAGAAACCAGCGGCGACCAGGGUUGCAAGCAUGUUUGUCGGCACCAAAGACAAGUGCCUUGGCUGUAACAACACUGUUUAUCCGACCGAGAAGGUUUUAGUGGAUGGAACCUCGUACCACAAGAGCUGCUUCAAGUGCUGCCAUGGCGGAUGUACAAUCAGCCCAUCAAAUUACAUCGCACACGAAGGCCGACUCUACUGCAAACAUCACCACACUCAGCUCAUCAAAGAAAAAGGAGACCUGAGCCAGCUUGAGGCAAACCAUUAAAGAACCACGCAUUCACAGACCCUUUUGCAUAUUUUCAGCUGUCUUCCUUUUUGUUCCCGUUUUUCUGCUGUUCCUUUACCUGACCUUUAGCACAAAGCUCCCUUUUUGCUGUAAUUGCAUUGAAAUUUGAACGUUAUGUUAAAAACA